UGUGUUGGUUGACUGGUGUUGGUUGACUGGUUCCCAUAGCAACCCAACACAACAUGGAGUUCCUGCACUGGAGUUGUCAGGAUGUGGCGCUCUGGAUCGAGUCCAUUGGAUUUCCACAGUAUAAGGCGUGUUUCAUGGAGAACUUCAUCACAGGCCGAAAGCUGGUCCACAUCUCCUGCAUUAGCCUUCCCAAACUGGGCAUCAGCGACUUCCAGCACAUGAAGACUAUCUCCGCUAAGGUAGCAGAGCUGCUCGGGGUCUCGGAGCCGCGUUGGAGUCGUAGCAUAGCGGAUCCUCCUCAUGAUGACCUGACAGGUUUCCUGAAGAUGAAGAGCAGGACCGGCCAGCGCACAGACUCCCUCACACACCAGCAGUUCCUCAUCAACAACAGCAGAUAAACGUGUCGU